AGAGGAGCUGCGCACUCACAACAACACAGAAACACGCCGAGAUAAAAACCCCGACAAGAAACCCUGCCCUUAGCUCUCCACGGAGACUUAAGUCUUAUUUUAUACAGAUUUACCCCCCCCCCACCCCCACAUCUCUCUCUCUCAGAUCUGCUGUUGUCAGGAUGCCUUUUCUCGGGCAGGACUGGAGGUCACCGGGUCAGAGUUGGGUAAAAACCGAAGAAGGAUGGAAAAAGACAACAGCUGACGACAAAAACAACAAUGUCUCGAUGGAGAGCUUCUGCAGAAAAGAGGAAGAGUGUUUCAACAAGGAGAACCUGCUGCUCUCUCUCGGCUACGACAUGGCUGCCAAGAAGAGGAAAAAAGACCUCAUGAACAACAACACCAAGGUCCCCUAUUUCCACAGGGAAAAGUGGAUUUAUGUUCAUAAAGGAAGCACCAAAGAGCGCCACGGAUAUUGUACGCUUGGAGAGGCCUUCAACCGCUUGGAUUUCUGCAGCGCCAUCAAGGACACAAGGAGGUUUAAUUACGUUGUCAGACUCCUGGAGCUCAUUGCCAAGUCCCAGCUCCCCUCGCUCAGUGGAGUGGCCCAGAAGAACUACAUGAAUAUUCUGGAAAAAGUAGUCCAGAAAGUCUUAGAUGACCAACAGAACGUGCGUCCCAUCAAGGAACUGCUGCAGACGCUCUACAUCUCGCUGUGCAGUCUGGUUCAGGGCACGGGCAAGUCUGUCCUGGUGGGGAACAUCAACAUCUGGAUGCACCGCAUGGAGAACAUCUUGCAGUGGCAGCAGCAGCUGGACAGCAUCCAGAUACACAGACCCACAUCUACAGACAUGACUCUGACCGACCUGCCUGCCAGUCUGCAGCUGAACAUCAUGCAGCGUCUUACGGACGGCAGGGACCUGGUCAGUCUGGGCCAGGUGUGUCCGGAUCUGGGGAGCCUGUCGGAGGACCGGCUACUGUGGAAGAGGCUCUGCCAGUAUCACUUCACAGACAGACAGAUUCGCAAGCGGCUGAUGAUGUCUGAUAAAGGUCACUUGGAGUGGAAGAAGAUGUACUUUAAGUUGAGCCGUUGCUAUCCUCACAGAGAGCAGUACAGUGACACCCUGCACUUCUGCACACACUGCCACAUCCUCUUCUGGAAGGACACGAACCAUCCCUGCACAGCCAACAACCCGGAGAGCUGCACCACGUCCCUCUCCCCUCAGGACUUUAUCAGUCUGUUCAACUUCUGACCCCUCCCCCGGCACACAUGCCGACCAUGAACUGACCGGACAUACUGUUACUGUACAUAGAAAUGCACAAUAUUUUUGUUUCGUUUCACAGUCGAGUCCUGUCCUGGAUGUAUAUUUGUUUGCAGAAAGACUCUGGAGGGGGACGCAGGCAGUGGGACAACUAUGCAAUGUUUUUUUUUUUUUUUUGUUUUGAGUGCACAGAAGCAUCUGAGAGGUUCACUGUUGAAAGCAAGUGAAUGUGGUGCAGAGCUAAAGUGAGGUGGAUGCAACUGGGUUUUGCUUUUGGUGGCGAGGAGAACAAAGGGUAUUGACUCAUAGUGUAUGGGUGUUUCUGAAAUUGCACCUCCCUUUUUUUUUUUUUUUUUCUAAACCUGCAAAACAACUUGGUUUUGGUUUUUAAACUUGUAUUUCAAUCUUUUUCCUUGAACAUAAGGGUUUUAUUUUUACGUUGUUAUAUUACAAGGCCGGUCUUUAAAUGGAGAGGUGCAGUGUCUUUAAUGUUGUGAUCGAGGGUUGGCUGUAAUAUAGAUUUUUGGCAGCAGGAUGGUGUUGCGUUGGAGCAGCGCGAUGAUGAAUGGAAGAGAGGAUUUAUAGAUGUAACUCUGAAUAUUUUUGUUUUCUCUUUUUCACUUUUAUAUGGACUUGAUAUUUUUAAAGUUUAGUUUUUUGCUAUUGCAGUUGUGGCAGCAGCACUUGAGUGCAAUAUUACCAAAGAUUGGACUCAGUAUAUCUAUGGCGCGUGCCUUUUUUUUUUUUUUUUUCCAUCAUGAAACUUGAAACAAUAUCGGCACAACUUAAAUAUUGUUGUUUUUCAGAGCUUUCACACCCUGAUGCUGUCUUUUAUUUUAUUGUUUUAAUCAGCAGCUGAAUAAUUUACAGAGGAGUUAAGGUCUGGAGCUCUGGUGCAAAGCUGACCCUUGAUGUUUUACUUUUCCAAAGCCUUCUGCAUGUGUUUGUUUGUUUCUUUGUGCACACAGCUGAUUGUUAUUAUUUAUUGUGGUUUUAUUUUCUGCCAAUGGUUCAAUGCGCACACUUUGAAGAAAAGGGGAAAUUCAGUGUCAUGUGCAGCUUGAGCUCUGCUCGCCUCUUACUGUUCAGACAUUGAAGAAUGAUGUACAUGCUAUGCAAUGCAGUUUAUGUUCUGUUGAAUUAAUAAAUGAAAGAUUCUUAUUUCUGUGUUAUCUGGGGUCCCAACACUCUCACCAAUAGAGAACAGAAGGGUUAACUUUUACUGUUGCAGUCUUGACUGUUUUACAACAUGAAUGCUGAAAGUUUUGAUCAAUGUUAACACAACAACACGGGCCUCCUGCUGGGGCUAAACAAUGAUUGCACAUAAGUGUCUCUUACAGCAAAAGUGUGCCAUCUACUGGCUAUAUUAAGAACUACAGGCCGGAGUGGGUGCCAAUCUAAUAUCUCAGUGGUGGGAAGCAAGGGCGAGGACUGCUGUAAAAUGUUUUGCAGUACUUGUUAUAAUGCUACUUUUUACUCAUCUACAUUAAUCAUUAUUAAUCGUCAUUUAUAUGACCGAUUUCUUUUUUUUUUCACAAGAUUUGUGCCCCCAAUAAUAUGACAAAACCAGUUAUCUCACCUUUUUUGUUACAUCUUGCAAAAAUUGAUUAGUAGUUGGAGUUUCACUAUAAAUGUCAACUAGUUGGCAGCAGCAC